CUACUUUUUCACCAACUGUCCGGUAUUUGAACCUGUUGCCUUGCCUGUUGCGUAAAGGCGUGAAGGCGACACCAACGGCCACAGGCGCAACCAGCGCAGGCGGCUCCCAUAGUUAUCCAUGGGGGCAAACCUGUGGGCAAGCUAGGCAAGCCACGCGAUUACAUCGGCAGCUGUAGCUGCGCUUGCUACUGGCGCUGUGGCACAAUGUUGGCUGUGGACUCUGGCUUGGUAUGGGCCCCUGAUGAGCAAGAAGGCUUCAAGCUGGGACGAAUUGUUGACAUUGGUGGCGAAACAGUCACAGUCCUUCUUAAUGGUGGCACUCAGCUUAUUACAGCACCAUAUAGAAGUGUCCACGCUGCUGAGGAGGACCCGGACAAGGAUGUUGACGACAAUUGUGCCCUGAUCUAUUUGAAUGAGGCGACCCUCUUCAACAACAUCAAAGUUCGCUACGGCAAGGAUAAGAUCUAUACAUAUGUGGCCAACAUCCUGAUUGCUGUGAACCCAUACUUUGAGAUGCCCCAGUUGUACUCAUCAGAGACAAUUAGGAAAUAUCAAGGAAAGUCCCUUGGUGUGCUUCCUCCUCAUGUGUUUGCUAUUGCGGACAAGGCCUUUCGAGACAUGAAGGUGCUCAAGCAGAGUCAGUCCAUCAUCGUAAGCGGAGAGUCGGGAGCCGGCAAGACCGAAUCAACCAAAUACAUCCUGCGCUACCUCUGUGAGUCGUGGGGAAGCCACGCAGGACCUAUCGAGCAGCGAAUCCUCGAGGCAAACCCUGUGCUUGAAGCGUUUGGAAAUGCGAAGACCAUGAGAAACAACAACAGCAGUCGUUUUGGAAAAUUCAUUGAGAUCCAUUUCAACAGCAAGUGCAGCGUAGUGGGUGGCUUCAUCUCACACUACCUGCUGGAAAAGUCUCGCAUCUGUGGCCAGAGCAAGGGUGAACGGAACUACCACAUCUUCUACCAACUCUGCGCUGGCGCACCCAUUGAGCUCAGGCAGCAGCUUCGAAUCACCAGCCCAGAUGAUUUCCAUUACCUGCGCCAUGGAUGCACCCAGUACUUUUGCUCAUCAGAGUCUGAGAAACUGCUCAAGAACAACUCCCGAUCCAAGGAACACCAAAGCAAAGGACCGCUGCGUGACCCAGUUAUAGAUGAUGCCAAGGACUUCUCAAACCUCGAUCGAGCUCUGCGGCUUAUGGGUCUCACUGACGAGGAGCGACUCAACAUCUACGUGGCGGUAGCUGCUGUGUUGCACCUGGGCAAUGUCACCUUUGAGGAGAGCCCUGAUGACAGCCGCGGGGGCAGCCAGGUGACCCCCGAGUCGGAGCAGUCGCUGCGCGUUGCCGCUGCACUGAUGGGUGUCGACCCGGACGAGCUACGCCAAAGUCUGCUGAGUCGUGUCAUGCAGACCAGCAAGGGCGGCCUCAAAGGCACUGUGUACAUGGUGCCCCUGAAGGCGUAUGAAGCAAACAAUGCACGUGAUGCCUUGGCCAAGGCUGUCUACUCUAAGCUGUUUGACUUGAUUGUGCAGCGCAUUAACCAGAGCAUUCCAUUCAGCUCAUCAUCCCACUACAUUGGUGUGCUUGACAUUGCUGGAUUCGAGUACUUCCAGGUGAACAGCUUUGAGCAGUUUUGCAUCAACUACUGCAAUGAAAAGCUGCAGCAGUUCUUCAAUGAAAGGAUCCUCAAAGAGGAGCAAGCGUUGUAUGAAAGAGAAGGCCUGUCUGUGAAGAAGAUUGAGUAUGUAGACAACCAGGACUGCAUUGACCUGCUCGAGGGCAAGGGCACGGGCAUCUUCGACCUGCUGGACGAGGAGAGCAAGCUUCCGCGUUCCAGCCACACCCACUUCACCUCAGUGCUGCACAGCACACAUCCCCGACACUUCCGGCUGGCUGUGCCCCGCAAAUCCAAGCUCAGGGACCACCGAGAAAUCACCGACGACCAAGGGUUUCUCAUCAGACACUUUGCAGGGGCCGUAUGCUACGAAACGGCCAAGUUUGUGGAGAAGAACAACGAUGCACUGCAUGCGUCCCUGGAGGGCCUUGUGCAGGAGACCAAGAACAGCUUCCUGCGAGCCCUGUUUGAUGUGGGUGAGAAGCAGACCAAGGGCAAGCUCAGCUUCAUCAGUGUGGGCAGCAAGUUCCGCAGCCAGCUGCAGGCGCUCAUGCACAAGCUGCAGCAGACGGGCACCCACUUUGUGCGCUGCAUCAAGCCCAACCUGCGCAUGGUGGACCACUGCUUUGAGGGCGGCCAGAUUCUCUCACAGAUCAAGUGCUCAGGAAUGACUUCUGUGCUUGAGCUGAUGCAGCAGGGCUACCCAUCCAGGGCACCCUUCUCGGAUCUCUACAACAUGUAUAAACAGUACCUGCCUCCUGAACUGGCUCGCCUGGACCCCCGGCUUUUUUGCAAGGCCCUGUUCAAGGCCCUGGGUCUAAAUGAGAAGGAUUUCAAGUUUGGCCUGACCAAGGUGUUCUUCCGGCCUGGCAAAUUUGCCGAGUUUGACCAGAUUAUGAAGUCUGACCCGGAGAACCUUGCCCAGCUCGUGUGCAAAGUGCAGAAAUGGCUCCUUGCUUCAAGGUGGAAGAAGGCCCAGUGGUGUGCCCUGGCUGUCAUCAAACUCAAGAAUAAGAUCAUCUUUCGACGUGAGAACCUUGUGGUGAUUCAGAAGACAGUCAAGAUGCAUUUGGUGAAACGAAAGUACAGGCCCAGGUACCGGUGCAUGAUGAAGCUUAGAGCCCUCCGCCAGCAAGUGCUGCAGAUGUCCAACCUUGCUGCUCAACUCAAGAGGGACGGUCAGCAAAGUAAAGCAGAGAUCCAAGCCUUGGAAGCCAAGAUCAGUGGAACCAUGAUGCGCAUAAAGGAAGGGAGAAUGUGCACCGAGGACAUGGAGCAGGAACAGAAUGAGCUGAUCACGGCAGCCACCCAGCUGAUGAAUGCCCUGAACCAGCGCAUCCAGCUGCAGAAGGUGGCUGAAGAGCACAUGCGCCGCGUGCAGCUAGAAAUGGAGCAGGCACGCCAGCGCAAAGAGGAAGAGGAACGACGCCAGCGGGAGGACGAGGAAAACAGGCACAGGAAAAUUCAGAUGGAAGCUGCCCGCAAGGCUGAGGAGAAAGCAAAGCAGCUGGAAGAUGCUAGAAUGGCGCAAGUAUUGCAAGAGAAACUCCUCCUGGAACAGAAGGAAGAGCACAUGAGGAACCAACAAAUUGAGCAGGAGUCACGUGACCAUGAGCUUGCCCUUCGUCUCGCACAAGAGAACAACAGUGUAGUUGAAGAUGUGGGAACUCCAGUCUUGCCAGUCAGGUCACAGGUCAGGGCUAAAUCGGAAGGCAAGUUUGACUUGUCAAAGUGGAAGUAUUCUGAGCUACGGGAUGUCAUCAACACAUCAUGCGACCUGGAGCUUCUGGCAGCCUGCCGUGAAGAGUUCCACAGGAGGCUUAAAGUGUACCAUGCAUGGAAGAGCAAAAAUUCCAAGAAGGCUGAUGCCCCACAGAGCAGAGUUCCAGUUUCACUCCAGAAUGGAGGCUCCGUCUCGCCAGGACCCCAUGUGUCAAGCGAGGAGAAUCGUCAGCGUUACUUCCGCAUCCCUUUCCGUAAAGACGGAAGCAGCAGUGGCCUCUGGUUUGCUCACUUUGAUGGUCAGUACAUUGCUCGGCAGAUGGAGCUGCACCCAGGCAGGCCGCCCGUUCUGCUCAUAGCUGGGCGUGAUGACAUGCAAAUGUGUGAACUCAAGCUUGAAGAGACCGGCCUGGCUCGGAAACGAGGAGCUGAGAUCCUGGAGCACGAGUUUGAUGCCGAGUGGGCAAAGCAUGGCGGGCCAGUCUAUGUUCCGCUGUCCACAAGGCAGCGGUAGAGCGGCAUCUGUCGUCACUAGGGCAAGCUUGGUGGCAGCAGUUGAAAGAUCAAACAUGUUAUUUAUAAGGUUGUGUGUAGUUAUUUUUUUGAUCUCAUGUCUUCUCUUGCUUGUCUUGAUAGAACAGCUUGGAUAGCUCAGAGCAGUUUGUAGGCCACUGAAGUGUUGAACAUUUGGUUUCAGCACUACUUUUCUCGUUGCUUCCAGUGCUUGAAAAAGAAAAGCAGUGGUUUACUGCUUGCAUGAAUGCAGUAUUUUCUUUUUUUUUUUGUCUAUGUUAGUGCAUAACCUUUUUCUUUGUGGGCUGUUUGUAUUUGCCAGGUACCAGAUAACGAAUCACUCAGCCAAAAUUGACAGGGUAUCCAUACCACCCUUGAGCUAUGGAAGUCUUGUUGUGUUCUCCCACCCCUCCCCCAUUUGUGAGGAACAGCAGCACUGCUGUUUUCUUUUUCCCUUUUGCCGGUAGCUUACUGCGCAGCUAACACCCUUAAGUGCGCUCCUUUAACUUCAGUGCUUUCAAGAAGUCGUUAAUUUAAAUGCCUAAGUUUAAGCUCGGUAAUUUGUUGCAACAAUUUUAUGACGUUUUGAAUCUCGGUGCUAUGUCGCUUAAUUACUAGGGCAAUUGAUUAUUUGAUUAUAGUCUUUAAUAAGGAUAUGUAUGCAUGCACAUGCUCCUGUUGUACUCGGUUGUGGUGGUGGUCCCCUUUGUUUUCCCACAUUUAUUUGUGCAUUUCUUAAGUGACACCCCGUUAAUGCUUUAGUACUGCGUGGCCUUGCUACUGCCUCUUGUGUAAUGUUCAACAUGUUGUCACAUAAGAGCUGCCAUCACUGAGUGGAAGAAAUGCACGAAGGGUGUGCUUCCUCAGUCAGCACGGACUCACUCCGAGUGUGACCAAAAUAAAGAACUGUUGGAUGUA